AUGGCCUUUCCUUUCCUACGGGCCUUUGUUGCGCUCUUUGUGUAUCGCUACUUUCGCCUCGUGGUCAAUCUGGUUUCCUUCUGGACAUUCAAGCCGAUCCCACCCCCAGAAUCUCCGAAAUUGACUUCCCAAGAUGUCUCGGUUAUUAUCCCCACCUUGGAAGGAUGCGGAGAAGAGCUGGUUGAAACAAUCCGUUCAAUCUUGGUUAACAAGCCCUUUGAGAUCCUUCUGGUGACCAUCGAGGCCAAUCGGAAAAAGGCCGAGAGAAUGUUGAGCGUGAUGCCGGCCUCCAAAUCCCGAAUUCGUCUCUUCACCGUUACUCACCCCAACAAGCGUCGCCAGAUGACCAGAGCUAUCCCCGAGGUCCGCACGGCAAUCACCCUACUGGCCGACGACGACGUGAGCUGGCCAUCAACCGUGCUGCCGUGGAUUCUGGCCCCCUUUGAAAAGGACGAACGAUACGGAGGCGUCGUGACUUGCCAACGUCUGCGUCGAGCCAUCUCGCCCUCCCUCUCACAGCGCGUCUGGGGGUACCUGGGAGCCUUGUAUCUGGAGCGACGCAACUUCGAUUGCGGGGCUACGACCAAUCUAGACGGAGGAUUGCCCUGCAUGUCGGGCCGGACGGUGGCUUACCGAACUAAGAUUCUCCAGGACGAGGGCUUUACAUAUGCUUUCACCAACGAGGAGUGGUGGUGGGGGAAGUACCAGCUUAAUGCCGACGACGAUAACUUCAUCACCCGCUGGAUGGUCUCUCAUGGUUGGGAGACUUAUAUGCAGUAUCACCCCGAAGCAGAGGUCCUCACUACAUUGGAAGAUAACCCCCGAUUCCUGAAGCAAUGCGCGCGUUGGUCUCGAAGCAAUUGGCGGAGCAAUCUGUCCAGCAUGUUUCACGAAGGGCAUAUUUGGUAUCGUCAGCCCUGGAGCUCUUAUGCUGUACACCUGACAACUUUGUCGCCUCCCGCUCUCCUUGGUGACCUACUAUUGGUUUGGCUGUGCCACCGAGGGACCGCUCCGUGGGGUGAAGUCCUCCACCAUCGUGCCAUGCGUAUGCUCAUUUUGUGGGUUUUUACGAGCAAGUUUAUCAAACUACUUGGCCACUAUAUCCGGUACCCGGUCGACGUCUUUCUUUUGCCUGUGUCAAUGAUCUUCGGUUAUUUCCACGGUGCAAUCAAGAUGUACGCGGUGAUGACACUUAAUGUGACCACAUGGGGUAGCCGUGAUGGCGCUGACGACUAUGACGCGGAGCGCAUGAAGAAACUUACUGAUGCCGAUCGCCAAAAGCAACAGUAUCCCUACUACCCCAGCUAUCUCACCAAAUAG